AUGGCGUUUGUCCAUUCCAACAGUUGCGAUUGCUCCAAAUCCGAACUCGAUCUGUUCAGCCUGCCGCCUACACAAACGCACAUUGAGAGCGGAGGAUGGGUUCAGUACAAGCCUGUUUCAUCCGUUAACGAAUCUUCAAGUUUGGAAUUCGUAGUUCCCGGGCAAGGCGAUGAGUACAUUGACUUGAGCCAUACACUACUCGGUAUCAAAGCCAAAAUAGUCAAGAAAGCGGACGGCGCGGCUUUGGCCGCAGCCGACGACGACAUUGUAGGCCCUGUGAACAACUGGCUUCAUUCUUUGUUUAGCCAGGUUGACACAUAUCUAAACCAGAAAAUUGUCUCGUCCCCGAGCAACGCCUAUCCUUACAGGAGCUACCUUGAGAGCUUGCUCAGUUACGGCCCUGCCGCUAAGAAUUCUCAUGUGACGUGUAACCUUUGGGUUAAGGAUGAGCCUGGAAAGAUGGAUGCUGCGGAUAGCGCUGGAUUGAAAGCGCGCCGCGCAUUUACGAAGCGCAGUAAGACUGUCGAUAUGAUUGGAAAAGUUCACGGGGACUUGUUCAAUCAAGAGAAAUACCUGCUCAACGGAGUGGAGCUGCGCCUGAAAUUUGUCAGGUCUCGAGACGUUUUUUGUCUCAUUGCGAACGCCAACGAUUACAAAAUUAAUAUCAUCGAGGCGACCCUCUAUGUACGCCGUGUGAAGGUUUCUCCGACCAUCCUCCUGAAUCACGCUAGAGCUCUAGAGAAAACCACUGCCAAAUACCCCAUCACCAGAGUAGAUGUCAGAACCAACACAAUCGCCGCCGGUGUGCAGAGCGCGUCAUUGGACAAUUUAGUGAAUGGGCAAUUACCAACGAGAAUUAUUGUAGGUUUGGUCACCAAUGCAGCUUUCACAGGCAGUAUAACGACUAACCCUUUCAACUUUGAAACAUUCGGCAUGAACUAUGUCUCGUUCCACGUCGACGGUCAACAGAUACCCGGUAUGAUCUUGACACCCGAUUUUGAUAACAACGAGUACAUCAGAGCCUACCACACUCUAUUCUCAGGCACAGGUAUCCAUUAUUCUGAUUCCGGCAAUGAGAUAUCCAGAUCAGACUACGAACAAGGGUACGCCUUGAUAGCAUUAGAUUUUACGCCCGAUCUUGAGGCUCACGUAAAAUCCCACUGGAGUCUAGUGCGACAUGGCAAUCUGAGGCUGGAACUCAGAUUCAAAGCCGCUCUUGCUAACGCGGUGACCAUCGUAAGUUAUGCUGAAUUUGACAACGUUGUCGAGAUCGAUAGGAACAGGAAUGUUAUAGUUGAUUUUGGCGCGUAA